AUGUCGGAGGCGGGGGGCGCGGGCCGGGCGCGGGCCGCCGUGGAGCGGCUCUCGGAGGCGGUGGGCGAGCGGCGGCGGCAACUGGGCACCGCCAUGGGGGAGGCGCGGCGGCAGCGGCGGCUGCUGCUGAUGGUGGUGUGCGUGGCGCUGCUGCUGGACAACAUGCUCUACAUGGUCAUCGUGCCCAUCAUCCCCGACUACAUCGCGGCCAUGCGUGGCGGCGGGGGCGCCGCCGGCCCGUCCGUGCCCGCGGGGGGCAACGGGAGCGGCGGCGGCAACCGGAGCCUCCUGCCGGCGCGGUACCCGCCGGCCACGGGGGGCAACGAGGACGUGCAGAUCGGGGUGCUCUUCGCCUCCAAAGCCAUGCUGCAGCUGCUGGUGAACCCCCUCAGCGGCACCCUCAUCGACCGCGUGGGCUACGAGGUGCCGCUGCUGGCCGGGCUGGCCGUCAUGUUCCUCUCCACCGCCACCUUCGCCUUUGCCGAGAACUACGCGACGCUUUUCGCGGCGCGCAGCCUGCAGGGGCUGGGAUCGGCCUUCGCCGACACCGCCGGGAUCGCCCUCAUCGCCGACCGCUACGCCGAGGAGCCGGCGCGGAGCCGCGCCCUGGGCACGGCGCUGGCCUGCAUCUCCUUCGGCAGCCUGGCCGCACCCCCCUUCGGCGGCGUCCUCUACGAGUUCGCAGGCAAGCGGGUGCCCUUCCUGGUGCUGGCCUGCGUCUGCCUCCUCGACGGGCUGCUGCUGCUGGCCCUGGCACCGCCCGGCGCCACCGGGGCACGGGCCAACAUGCCUGUCGGCACCCCCAUCCACCGCCUCAUGGUCGACCCCUACAUCGCCGUGGUGGCAGGGGCCCUGGCCACCUGCAACAUUCCCCUGGCCUUCUUGGAGCCCACCAUCGCCAACUGGAUGAAGGAUUCCAUGGGGGCCAGCGAGUGGGAGGUGGGCCUCACCUGGCUGCCCGCCUUCUUCCCCCACGUGCUGGGUGUCUACGUCACCGUCCGGCUGGCUGCUGCGUACCCCCACCUUCAGUGGUUCUACGGGGCCCUGGGCAUGGCCAUCAUCGGCGCCAGCUCCUGCUUGGUGCCAGCCUGCAGGAAUUUUGGGCAGGUCAUCAUUCCCCUGUGUGGCAUCUGCUUCGGCAUCGCCCUGGUGGACACAGCCCUGCUGCCCACCCUGGCUUUCCUGGUGGACGUGCGCCACGUCUCUGUCUACGGCAGCGUCUACGCCAUUGCAGACAUCUCCUACUCGGUGGCGUACGCCCUGGGGCCCAUCGUGGCUGGCCAGAUUGUGCACACCAUGGGCUUUGCACAGCUCAAUCUGGGCAUGGGGCUCGCCAAUGUGCUUUAUGCCCCGGUCCUCCUCUUUCUCAAAAACGUCUGCCAAAUGAAACCCUCUCACUCUGAGAGGAACAUCCUCCUUGAGGAAGGACCUAAGGGACUCUAUGACACCAUCAAAAUGGAGGAGCGCAAAGGCGUGGGCAAAAGCCUGCAGCCAGCGGGUGAGAUGGAUGAGAAUGGCAUGGACUCAUACCACAGGGACCUGAAAGGGGUGUCUGAGGAGGACUCAUCAGACUAUGAGUACAGUUAGAUUUCCCCCAUGCAGCCCAGCCCCAUGAGCAAGGAAGGACAUGUGGGGGAGAGAGAGGGAAAGGGGGGGAUGACAGUGUUACUGCAUUAUGUUUCUGUACUGAUGUGCAAUAUAUACAGUUUAACCUUUGUCAUGAUGUAAUGGCUUUCUUCUAGAUUUAUUUUUAAUUGGUAUUUCUUUCAGCAUUCUGGCAAAGUGGAGGGGAUGGGGAAUGGGGGGACAAUACUGAAGAAAGUUAUUGGAGUAAUCAUUGCCAUAAAUCUGAGGGGAUCCUUCCAAAAAACCCACCAAAAAGAAAACAAAAAACUCAUCAGCCUUUUAGCUGGGGUAUAAUUGUGCAGAGUGUCCUCAAGCUGAAACUGUGUGUGACAUAUUGUAUAUCUCUGUAAAAAAUACAAGAAAAGCAAAAAAAGUAUGUGUAAAAUUUCAAAUGGCUUAUUCAGGGACUUAAGAAAUCUUGUGUACAUAUACUCAGACUUUCAGUUGGUUUCAUAUAUUUAAGAAGAGCAACAACUGUCACACUGUCACAUUUUAUUCUUCCUUGAGAAUAAACUGAAGUAUUGUACUUUUUUUUUCUCUCUUGUGCUGCUCUCCAAUAAGUGCAAUAUGCUGUAUUAUGUUGAAGUCCAAAUUACAAGAAUAAUACAAUCUGAAUAAAUGGAAUUGAAGGGGA